AUGGGAGAUGAUCACACUCCCAUCGAGUUUAGUUGCAUACUCGGCAGCGACGGGAAACACACCAUUCGCUUUACCCUAGAGCCACUCUCAGGAGUCGACGGAUCCCCUACUCCGAGCCGGACGUGGAUAAAUGCUCUUCAUGAAUUUUCAUCAAUCGGAAACGUGCAGGAAUUCGACACGGAUUGGGCCCUGACGUGCUUUGAGAUGUUAGUUUUCGAAGGGAAUAAUGUGCCGAAGCAAAAACCCCUGCACUCCUCCCAAUUCUCGAUCGGGGCCGACUUCACUCAUGAUGGAAUUGUUGGCAAAGCAUACUUCCUCCCUCACUUGAGAUCCCAAGCAACGGGGAUUUCUCAGAUGGAUCUAGUCACCUCGUGCAUGAACGAGCUCGAUCUCGGAUCCCAAUGGAAGAUUGUGGCGUCGUAUUUCACGGAAAAAGUACCUCAUUUGGACGCUACUCCGGACAUCGUGGCCGUCGACUGUGUCCAUAAAUCCAAAAAUCGAGCCAAAAUUUACGUGCGGUGCAAUGCAAGCUCCCUCAACGAGAUCACCGAAGUAUUCACCCUUGGCCAGAGGCUGAAGGGACUACUUAUCAACAAAGCAAUAGAAAUGAUAGAAGAGGUUUGGCGUCAACUAUUUGUCGGCAAGAAUGACGACCAACGACUCGAGUCCAACAACCCAGACCAUUUUGCGAGCCGAUUCGUGCUCUACUUCGAGCUCGCUCCUGGAAGGGAGAUCCCUUUUCCAAAACUCUACAUCCCCAUUCGACAUUACUGCCAGAAUGAUGCACUCGUAGGAGAGGCGCUUGAACAGCUUUACAAGGAGAAAUAUGGCAUUAAGGAGACCCAUCUCCGCGAUAUCCAAUCUGCGUUGUGA